AUGGGAUUCACGGAGAAACGAGAAUGCGUUGGGGAGGAAAAAUUAGCGAAAAAAGAACCAAGACGACAGGAUCGACGUGAGAAAAGAGGAUAUUUUACCGAGGGUCCUGUCACCCUCGACAAUAUUCGUAAAGAAGUGAUAAAUCGAGAGAAGAAGACACAAGAGGAUUGGUUGAAAAAAUACAAUUACCUAAGUGGAGAAUAUUUUAAGCAGGUACUUGUUGAAGAAUGCAAAAAAGCAGGACUCCCAUGUAAUACAUUUGAGAGAAAAAUAUCGGCAAAUUUCAUGAAAAAAUCUCCUAUUUCUUUACAAUCAUCGGCACCAAUUCCAAAAACAAGUUCAGCAGUCAUUGGUUGGAGAUCGUCAAUUUCGGAAAAUAAUUUGGAAUUUCUUGGUCCAUUUUAUGUAUCGCCAAUAACAACAAUUGAACCACCAUUGAAGUCUGAUGAAUUUCGAGUUGUAAAACAAAGAUUUAUCAUUCUUGGAUGA